AUGCCAAAGAAAAACUCUCUCAAGAAACGCUCCCGGCGGGAGGUGGAGGAGGAGGAGAUUGUCGAGGAUCUCGAUCUAGACGUGGACGAAUACAAUGUAGAGGAAGAGGAUGUCAUCCACAACCGUCGUGGAAAGGCGAAGAGGGAUGAGCAGGCGGAACUGGCGGCUGUGCUGCCUUCGGAUGCCCAUAAGUUGGAGGGAUACGACGACGAUGAUGAUGAAAGAGGUGCGCAUUUGGAAGAAGAGACCCUUGCGUUGGAGGCCAACAAGAGCAUGCGGCGGAGGGUGAUUGAGUCGGACUUUGACGUUGGCGGCAUCACGAGUGGUGUGAAGCGAAAAACAAAUGGAGAAUCAGACGCCGAGCUCAACGUUGCACCCGUCGUUGAGGCGGUGGAGCGGGAUUAUGCCGCCCUCUCUUCUUCGGAGCGGAUGUCUAUUGUGCAAAAGGAGUCUCCCGAGCUGAUUAAGAUGCUAGAAGAGAUGAAACAGUAUCUUGCCGAGGUGAAGGAAUUAGCGAAGCCUUUGCAGGAGUUGUUUUUUCAGCGCCGCUUCUCGGAUGCGGACCGCAAUCUGAUCCAAUUCUUGGAGACAAAGGUGCAGUUGAUGCUUAGUUAUUGCAUGCACGUCACAUUUUAUUUGCUUCUUAAGACGGAGGGCAAAAAAGUCUCGGGACACCCUGUCAUUGAUAACCUGGUGGAGAUUCGUGUAUACCUUGAGAAGCUCUUCCCACUGGAGGAGAAGCUGCAGUACUCGUUGAAUCGUCUUCUUAGUGGGAAGAAAACGGCUGCGGCUCGCCUGGAUGCACUGCGUCCGCUUCAGCACAAUGAGCGUGGUGUCCUUGCGACGAACACGGAGGCGAAGAAGAGGCGCAAGCAGCUGGAGGCGAUGAAGGAGGCGGAGGAAAUUGAAAAGGAGGAGUUGACCACCAUGAAUCGCAUCCAAACGAAGAAAUCGGCAACCCUCAAGGAAACCUCUUCCUUUGAUCGCAAGACGAUGGUGUCGGCACUUGGCUACCGCGAGGAUGAGGACCAGUACUUUGCCAAGCUUGUGGCUGGUGGCGAGGAGGAGGAUGAGGGAACCCAGGGACUUUCACUCAUCGAGCGACUUCGGAGGCGUCAGCACUCAUUUGCCGAUGGCGUGGCAGGAAAUCCAAAUUAUAGCAGUGAUGAGGAGGCCCCUGUGGUUGGUGAUGAUGAUGAUGAUGAGGCCAAUAGCGGUGAGGAUGAUCUUCUUGGUGAAGGCGAGGAUGGAGUUGAGGGUGACUACGAGAUGCUUUUAGAGGAGGAACAAGUACGACUGAUGCGUGCAAAGACAGAGGAGUCGCGGCCGAAGCCAAAGUUGGUGGAACCUGAGGUGGAUCGCCGUAAGACGAGCAAAAAGAUUGAGACGCACCGUGGCCUCACCAAGUCUCGCCCGAAGGACCGCAAGACACCUCGCACGGCGCAGCGGCGUAAGUACGAGAAGGGCAUGCGCAUACACAAGGCCCAGACACGGACAUGCCAACCUGAGCCUGAAGGUGGCUUUAUUGGUUUGCCCGCCAUCAAGUCGAAGGUGACGCAGAGUAUUCGGUUUUAG